UAGCUCAUUUUUAUUCACAGCAGAAGCAAGAAUUCUAGUCCUAAAACUUGAUCACAACAUCACAUUCAAUCCUUAGAGCCUGCUUCUUUUUUUAUCAAGAAGCUUCACAAAGAAAGAAAAGAAGUCCUUCACACUUCCCAAAACCUAAAAUUACAUACCUAACAAGCAAUGGAUGCUGUGAACAAAUUAGUGGAACAGAAGCCUUUGGUAAUCUUCACCAAGAGUUCUUGCUGCAUAAGCCACUCAGUAAUGCAACUCAUAAGCGGUUAUGGAGCAAACGCAACAAUCUAUGAGCUAGAUAACAUGUCCAAUGGGCAAGAAGUUGAAAAAGCACUCCAAAGACUAGGGCUAAGGCCAAGUGUUCCAGCUAUUUUCAUAGGCCAGAAGUUAGUUGGUGGAGCUAAUGAGAUUAUUAGCCUGCAGGUUCAAGGAAGACUUGUGCCAAUGCUGAAGGAGGCAGGAGCUUUAUGGGUUUAGAAUAAACUAGUUUAUGUGUAACAAGAAAACCAUAAUAUCAAAAUUUUCAGAUGUUUAACAUAGAAGGAUCUAGAUUCUUCAUUUUGAUUCCCUUCCAUCUACAUUUUUCUGAAUAGGAGGGAAGGGUGUUUUACUUUUCAUACAUAAAUACUAAUGUAAGCAGCAGCCUACAUUUUGUUGUGUAAAUAAAGUUCAAGUAAUUGAAGUAUCAAUUCCAAUAAACACUUGUAUAACCACUAGAAUUAUAUAUUAUCUAG